AUGAUUCUCAAAUACUUUAUCCUAUGUUUGUUUGUCACGUAUGUAUUCCCUGUUCAUAUAGUUCGUAAGUGACUGAACAAUAAAUACAUUUCAAUUAAUGAACAAUUUUGUUUAUAGGUAUUCCAGAAUUUCCCCCAAAACGACUUUUAGAACAGUAUUAUGGACCUGGCAACAGUAAAACAGUGAUUUCUCCUGCAAUCACAGGUGAGUAUUGAUUUGAAAAUUUAUGAAUAAAUAAAAUUUUGCAGAUAGACAAAAACACGAAGUUCAUACACCUCCAGCUACACGGGAAGCGUGUCAAAAUUUGAAAACUUCCCUAAUAAUCCUUUCAUUCAUCAGAUUAUUUGUAUAA